GAGCUUCACUGAGCAUGCCCAGGAUGAAGUUAGAAGCAGUGUUAAACAUGGCGGCGCCGCGACGGCUUGUGCGAAUCUGGGCUCCGAUUUUUCUUGGAUAUUUAUUUUAUUUUACCGAUAUAUCAUAUGCCAGAGAAGUGGUUUUACUAGACACACGGCCAAAUCAGAGGUUGUCGUGGACAUCCCAUACAGAGCCUGUUAAUGCUAACCCCAAUGACAGUGAGGGCAACCAAGGAUGGCUUGAAGGCACCUAUAACGAUGAAGGGAGCCCACUCCGAGUUUAUACAUCAUGCUAUGUACGAGUGCCAAAUAUCAACAACUGGCUACGGACUCCCUUUAUUCCUCGAAGGGGAGCAAACAGUUUACAUGUUGAAGUACGAUUUACUAUGCGAAAGUGUUCACGAAUAAGUGACCCAAGCAGUCUACAGCAAUGUAAAGAAACUUUCAAUUUGUAUUAUUAUGAUGCAGAAUCUGACUUUGCCAACCAACAGCGCCCUACCUGGGACCCAACAGCCUACCGGUUGGUGGACAAAGUAGCUGCAGAUUAUCUCUUUGAGAUGUCAACUGAUGUUAUCAAGGUGAACAAGGAGACGAGAAGGAUUUCUCUCUCCAGGGGGCUCAAUGGAGUAUACAUUGCUUUCCAAGAUAAAGGUGCAUGUGUAACACUCAUCUCACUCAGAGUGUACUACGUAACAUGUCCCAACACCACAGUCAACUAUGCCUUCUUCAAUGAGACCGCAACAGGUGAUGAGGAAACUCCAAUGGUAGAUCAGUUAGGUCAGUGUGUUGAGAAUGCAGUGGAAGUGAUUAAACCCUCCCACAUCUGCCAGAAUACUGGGGCUUGGUUCAAGGACCCGAAGGGCAAAUGCGAGUGUGAUAAAGGCUACCAAGGCAACAAUGUCAAGACACAGUGUUUAGCUUGCCCUCCUCGAUACUACAAAUCUGUGAAGGGAGACAGCCCAUGCCAACAGUGUCCCCCCCACAGCUACUCCUCAGACACAGCAGCUAGAGAGUGCCCAUGUAAUAUGGGCUAUUAUCGCAGUCCUCAUGACCCCAAGUCCAUGUCCUGUUCUCGCCCCCCCUCUGCGCCAAGACAACUGGUUAUAGACGUGCUGACAGCAACAUCAGUUUCCUUGGUGUGGCAGCAACCCAGUGACCUGGGUCAGCGGCCAGACCUUCAGUACAGGGUGGAGUGUGACCUGUGUGGCAACAGUGUCAAGUACACACCCGGCUGGACGGGAUUCAACACCACAAGGGUGACACUGUCCAACCUGAAGGCCAGCACUGAGUACAGGAUAGUGUUGCAUGCAGAGAAUGGAGUGUCCGAGAUCAGUGGUCAGAUCUCAUCAACAGAUAUAACCAUCAUCACAGAUGUCUCAGCCAAGAUAAUCAACUCUAGACUUCUUGGCGUUGGCUCCAAGCACAUCACAAUAGCAUGGGAUGUGCCUGUUGGCAUGGGCGGGCAUGUCCAGCGCUUCCAGGUGAAGCAUUUCCCUAAAUCACAGCCGAAAAAUAUCAUCCUAAACUACACCAACUUGCAGAACUUCACUGUCACAGAGUUCAUGCUGGAGACAGAGUAUGCAUUCCAGGUACGAGUUGAAACUGAGAAGGGCUGGGGUGAAUUCAGUGAUCCUCUCUAUGUCCAGACUGGAACAGGGCAUGGGGAAUAUGUGAAUACCCCUAUAGGAAUCAUUGCUGGCUCAAUUGUGGCAGUCAUUCUGUGUAUGGCCAUAGCUACGAUAAUGAUCAUCAUUCUGCUGAGAAGAAACCGCCAGAGUUGUAGUGAGAAGAAGGACUGUGAUGCUCCAUACAGUCAUGUUAUUCAGUACCCACCGAUGGACCCUCACCUCCAUAUAAACGGAGGAUUGACGAUGCCACUGUUUCCUGCCCACCCAGCAUCUAUUGGUGGCAGUUCAGCACGGACCUACAUUGACCCACAUACAUAUGAGGAUCCUAACCAGGCUGUGCGAGAGUUUACAAGGGAAAUUGAUGCCUCUCACAUCACCAUUGAAUCUGUUAUUGGUGGUGGUGAGUUUGGUGAUGUGUGCAAAGGCAAGCUGAGAGUCCCUGGACGGAUGGAGAUGUCAGUAGCUAUUAAAACUCUUAAACCUGGAGCGACAGAAAAGAAUCGACUAGAUUUCCUGACGGAAGCAAGCAUUAUGGGACAAUUUGAUGACCCCAAUGUUAUAUUCCUGGAAGGAGUAGUCACAAAGAGUAACCCUAUAAUGAUAGUGACUGAGUACAUGGCCAAUGGAUCCUUGGACUCUUUCCUCAGGAAUAACGAUGGCAAAUUUACAGUCAUUCAGCUGGUGGGGAUGAUGAGGGGAAUUGCCUCUGGGAUGAAGUACUUGUCUGAGAUGGGAUAUGUCCAUAGGGAUUUGGCUGCCCGGAACAUUCUCGUAAAUGAGAAUCUAGUGUGUAAAGUUGCAGACUUUGGUUUGUCCAGAGAAGUUGAAGCCGACACAACAGAUGGCGCCUACACAACAAAGGGAGGCAAGAUUCCAGUGAGAUGGACGGCUCCAGAAGCCAUUGCAUUCCGCAAGUUUACCUCCUCAUCUGAUGUAUGGAGCUAUGGUGUGGUUGACUGGGAAAUUAUGUCAUACGGAGAGCGGCCCUACUGGAACUGGUCCAACCAGGAUGUCAUCAAGGCUGUGGAAAAGGGGUACCGACUACCUCCCCCAAUGGACUGUCCCGAGGCUGUCCACCAGCUCAUGCUGGACUGUUGGCAGAGAGAACGCUCACACAGGCCCAAGUUCACCCAGAUUGUUAAAACACUCGACAAGUUGAUCAGGGCACCAGAACUACUGAGAAAAAUAGCAAAACCAAGACCUCAUAACUUCAUAGACCCAAAUGUACCAGACAUGACUCAGUUCACCAGCAUCGAAGAUUGGCUCAUCUCAAUCAAGAUGGAACGCUACAUCGACAAUUUCUUACAAGCAGGCUUCACCUCAAUGGACCAGGUGUGUAGGAUAAGUGUGAAGGACCUCAUAACACUGGGCAUCACCCUUGUCGGUCACCAGAAAAAGAUUAUGAAUAGUGUACAAACUUUCCGAGCUCAAAUCGCGGGUGCCCAGAUGUCCGAAGGGUUCCUUGUGUAGCCAGCCUCCACUGACACAUAAUCUGUGAUCAUACAUCAUUAUUCAUCUCGCAAGUGCACUGGGUAGUCAACUGUGUCAUGUGAUGACUUGGAACAGUUGACUGGUCUGUAUGGUCACAUUUCUUCGUGUUGGAAAACUUUUGAUUAAGUUUCAACUUCUUAUGGCUUGACUACAAGGAAAGCACUUGAAUGUUCAGCCAAAUAAUGUCUAGUCUGCAGUUCCACAAUUGGAUGAGAUCUGACCAAUCACCAACAGAGGACAGUCCUGCAGAACAUGUGAACUAAGAUUGUGAUUGGUCCUACAAACACAUUUAUUGUUGUGAUUGAACAGUUACAUUGCCAAGCUGUAUAUAUGAAGUAUUUAUUGGCAAAGAUAUGUAUGAAUCAUAUUCAUAUCAGUCCAGAUUCGGUGCAAGAGAGGAUUUGGUGCACAGUGCGGAUGUCAACUGGAUAAAGACUCAAGUACAAGAUGGCCGCUGUAAAGCUCACUAGAGAAUCUCCACCUGAAAAUACAAUGGUCAUUGAUAACAACUUCUAGUAUUCCAACACCCAAUAAAUCAUGUUAAUAUAUCAGCUUUUUGAAAGGUAUUUUUACAUGUUUUUGAGCUAUUGGCUUAACAGCGUAGUCCUGGUACUAGCGUUAGUUGGCGUAACCUUCCCUCAAUGUCCACUUUCUCCACUUUAUAUGUGUACAGAUAUGUUCCAUUGAAGGUAGUGAAUACAUGGAAAGUAUAACAACAUAUGCCACAGCAGGAUUCCAUGUUCUAUCUUACCAGAGAUUAGACCAAAAAUAUGAUGUAUUCUUAACAAUCUAGGUGUGUCAUCAAUGUUGCUUGUAAUUUUUUUGAACGUAUUUGAAGGAUUCUCUUGAUGCACUGCAGUGUAAGACGAGAAUCAUCAUGUUUGUAGUGAAGCUAUGAACAUUCAUUGUUUCGUGUGAUCAGCUAUGCAAAUGGACUGCAGAUCAUGUGACUUGACACUUGACACAUGUGGUUAUAUCGGAUGUGCAGACUACGUGCAGAUUGUGAAAUGGGAGAAGAAGGAUCUCUGAGAGAGGACAUGUGAUAGGUAUGUAUUUUCAAACGGAACAAAUAUUGGACAACUGAUGUUCAAAUUUGAGUUUGUCUUUCUCAGUUAUUCUUUCAACCCAUAUGAUGUGUACGUUAUUGUCUUUGAGAACCUCUAGGUUUUGUAAAUAUUGCUGUUUAGUUGAUGUAUGUAAAUAUUGAAAGUAAAUGUUUUGUUGUGCCCAGCAUGUACAGAAGUAUGAGUUGUGAAUGAUGGAUGGAGAGAUGAGGGAAGACCCAGACGAGAGUGGCUCCCCUCCUUACGUGGAGGAGUGUGUGAGAGUAGACUGUGUGUUAUUGUGUGUCUCACUUGUUAACUAUUCUCUUACGUCUGUCAACGUGUGUUGAAGUUGAACUUUCUUAUUGUAAUAUCUUAGAACUGAUCCUAACAGUUAAGACAGUUUCUGACAAGGCAUAUCAGAUGCAAUUUGAUCUACGCAAGAUGCACUCCAGUUUAGAGAAUUAUGUACCUUUGUCAUAAUUUUAAUACUGUUUUCGAACAGCAUUUUGUUGUGAAAUGCUAUGAGUUCAAGCCAUUAGUGAACUUCUUACUUUUAUUUGAGAGACUGAUAGUUGUUACUUUGGUAGUUGGAAAUGGGUUCAGUUUGUACCGUGUCUUUCUCAUUUAUUUGUUGUAUGUAACUCAUGAGUGUAUCAUGCAUAUCCAACAUUCUCCAGUAUUUGCACAUCAUGGGAAUUGUCUCUCAGAAAUACACAGGCUUUUAAUCAUAAUGGCAAUAAUAUGUCUAUUGGAUUGUGGCUUGUUAAAUGGAAUUACUCGGCAUAAAUGAUGAAAUUGUAAUUAAAAUGGUAAAUUUCUGAGUAGAUAACAUACAUGAUGACACAGUCCUUCUUUCAUUCUUUAGGCUUUACCACCUGUAGUAUUUGAGUGUAUGUGAAAUGCAUAGAUUUAUAUUAUCAUAUCAUUUGAAGCUCAAAUAGUUGUGUAUAGCUCUCUCUCAUUAAACAGAAUGUUGAUGUUUAUCUCCUGGAAAUAUGGAAGUAGGUUGUUUUCCAAAGGCUUGUGAAGUUUCUAUGUGGCAUGUUAGAUUUGUCUUAAGUAGCUCACUGGAAUGUUUUGCUGCAGUUUUAUUUACAUUAGAUAUUCAAAAGGUGCUUGAAAGUUCACAUUUUUGUUUUGUACCACAUUAGAUGAAAGUACCUGUCAUUCAUGAACAUUUAACUGUUGCAAAUUGUGUUUUAUAAUCCGCCAUUUUGGAGAUUUUUGUUUUGUUACUGAUUAAGCAAUUAUUUUCUAGAACUGUGGCUCAAAGGUGCACUUUGUGUUUUAAGUUACGUGUUUUAUUCUGAAGGAUUAGUUUAUGUAUAUAUGCUUUUAACUUUCUUAUAGUAUCAUUAGUUUACCGUUAGCAUGUAUAAAGAGGUUACAAUUGGCAGUGUUUUGUUUUAAUGCAACUAUGAGUGAAUGAGUCUACUAUGCAUUUUAUUUAUUUCUAUGAUUUGUGUAUAUUAUAAAUUCAAAGUCAGAAAUGCUCAGAGGAUGAUAAAACUAUUACAACUAAUACUAGGGGACUCGUCCUUUUAGAUUAAACAUACUUUUUAUCUUCCUGUGAACACUUCAGCUGUACCACUUCAUUCCUCAAACAUAAAGGUCAUUGUGUUCACAGCUUUUGUAUGUUCAGCAAUGUACAGAGGUUUUGUACUUAAAUAUUGCUGUAAGUGUUAUUUGACAAGGUCAAUAAAAAGGGCUAUUGGGCACUUUAUAUUUACAACAGAAAUAAAUUAUCAAAAUUCCAAAUCUUGCUAUUUGAAGUCCACUGUAACUUCAUUGACAUUACCUUUCUCCCACAAUAUGCCGAGAUUUCAUUCUUUGGUCAUCUGUGGGAACCACACUGAUGAUGGAUUUAUCAGAACUAAAUGUAUAAAUGAUCAUUUGAGAUUUACUGUUUUUGUGAGAUAUUUAGAAACUUAUAAUCUACCAACAAGGUUAAUCCAUGUCAGAUUUCCAGGCCAAACUAUCCAAAGAGCAAUUAUACAAGCCAAAAAUCUGAGAUGGAUGACCAACUGAACAAAAUGCCCAAAGGUUUGUGACACACGAUAAUCCUUGUUCCACGCCCUAAACAUGGUUUCAAGGGAAGUAACUCCCUCCAACUGAGCCGGAAUCCUGAAAGCAAUAUCAGCACAGAGGUGUACAAUAUUGUUAUAACUUGUAAUAAAACAAAUGAAAAUAAAAAUGUAUAAAGUUUA